AUGUGUUUGCGUUUUCGUGAUACAAGCGCGUCCUGCCCACAGCUCAUUCUUACUCCAGGAACUAGCAGUCAUCCACGAGCGCCGCUCCUGCCUGGUAUCCACUACCUGCGAAGCUGUCUGCCUGAGAAGCACAACCUGGCUGACAACCACAACAUCACAUUCAGGCCCCGCUCGAUUGAUCAAGACACCGCAUUGUUCGCAAGUAUCUUUUACUACAACAUGUCCACAGAACGUCUUGAUGUUGCUGCCGAAGUUGUGCAGUCGCUUCACGCUGGUGUCGGCGUCGCCAGUCAUGCUCACCCAUCAGCAGAUUCCGUAUCAUCAGAUGAUGGGGGCCGUCCAUACUUCGAAAACCUUCUGGCAAACGUUGCUUUCGAUGUUGAGUUGCACGGUAUCGCUCUCCGUUCGAAUACAUCACUUAGUGAGAUACGCUGUCCACUUUUGAGAAGAUCGGAGUCCAAGCAGCAAGCAAUCAAUCAUCUCGACGUAAUUUCGUGCUGGAAAGGUAUCUCCAACGCCCAAGCGCUAGAGCUUACAUUAUGGGAGCGUUUGUUCCAAAGAUGUCUGGUCUCUCUAGUCGAAAAUGACUUGCGACGCCUCACUGUUGUUCAACUAAACAAAAUCCGGAACGAUCUUGGAGGCGAAGAACCUUUGGCUCUUUCAUUACAAGCCCUUCCCAGCAAGCAAAGCCGUCUCAUCGAAGUCAACUUGCCGAAUCUCAUCCAUGAUAUCAUCGAUGCUUUCUACAACGAUCACUCCAGCCAGAACGCUGCCAGGAACUUUCGAUGGUCGCUUGGGUCUGGCAAUCUUCCAAGUUUUGUUUACAAUUACAUUGCAACGCACGAUUGCUUCCUGCGCAGUUCGGAGGGGGUUUUCAUGUCGGCCGAAGUGACACUCAAUUACUAUACCAUGCCCGUGGUUCAUGCUAUCACCAGAGUACAUUGGCAACCGCCCGAUGUUAAGUUUGAGCAUGUUCCUUCGCAACUCGGACCGAGAGGCCAAUAUCACAUCGCCCCAUAUCGUGAGCCAGACAAUUCGAGUUACAAUCGCUUUUCCGAUGACGUCGUUUACACUGUGACGCGUUCCACAUCCAUGAUCCAAUGGGAUAAGUUCAGCGAAUUAUUCCGUGCACAGGCACCGGAUACUCCAACGAUAUCCGAGACGCUUAUUCAAGCCAGUAUCGUCACAAAGUUUCCAGAAGACGUGCGCUUCGAGCGUGUUUCGCGAUAUGUCGUCAAGGUUGAGAUUGUAGACACGCUUCAGGUCCAUGCGGUACCAGAAGAAUACAGACCACAGACCGAGGACGCAUCGAUGCCCCCAACUCCGUCAUAUAUUAGCGAGCCCUGGUCCAACAACCUCGCUUCACCUAGGCUUCAACAGUAUCAUGACUCCAAACCUGGUUUCUUUGAGGCAUUGAGAGAGCGCUUUCCCGAUUCACCCAAGAAACGAAAGGCUGUGUUACGCUCCACAAGCUAUGACGGAAUGUCACCAGUGGAACUGGUGUAUGAUGAAUCUGACACUGACGUCAAACGUCAGAAGCUGGCGCUGCGUGGUGAUAUCGACAUGCACGCUGCAACCUUUGAAUCGCAAAGAUACCAGUCUGCGGUGGAGGAGUGCAAAGUUGUGCUCGAAGCGCUCGAAACCUUUCGUCAGAAUGUAGAGAAGCGAACUACAUCUGUUGAGCGGGAACCCAGUGAAGUGGCACUUCGUCUAUACGCGGCAGUUGCUCCAGCAUUUCACGUGGUCUACGCAGCAAUCAAAAAAGAAUUGUUGGAGCUAAAAGACCCGAAGGACGAUUGUUGUCACACGCCUGUCAAAGAAAAAAAAGAGAUCCCAGUUCUCCCAACUGGUCAAAUGCCCACACCACCAGACUCCCCCAUGGAAUCUAGAUCUAGCUUCGCCAGCACUUCCGAAUCGGCCAGCAACACAGGUAAUCCCAAUAUCGCGAAUCCAGCUAAGGAAAUGAGCAGCCCCCACCACCUGCGCUCAAGUGAGCUUUCUCAAGACGAGAUUCAAAAGAAUUACCGCGAGUUCGAGGAGGUUGCCAAACGCAGGAAGACUGAUCCCACUACCACAUUUAGCUGCGAUGUGGGCGAUAUAGAAUUUGAGCGCAUCUUCAUGGAAGACAGCGAGGUAGAAGGGCUUGAGUACUCGGUCGAGGAGCCGCUUAAUCGCGAGCCAGAGCUUGAGAAGUUAGUCCAAAGUUUCAUUACCAAAGACGGCUACGACCGCAACCACGGACCCAUUCCCCACAUCGAUGUCAGCACACACAAAGUUUCCAUUACCGGCCUCGUCAACAAUGAACUCUCGCUUUCCAUUCCAGACCUCCAAGCACUUCCACAACAUACCGUGAUAUGUGCAUUACAAUGCGCCGGCAAUCGGCGUCAUACCAUGCGUACAAAGUUGAAGGAGGUGUCCGGCAUCGACUGGUUCGAUGGUGCUGUCAUGAACUGCAAAUGGACCGGCCCUCUGCUCAAGGACGUUCUGGAAAAAGCUGGUGUCAAGGUCGAGGAUGAUAAAUUGAAGGAAGCGCAUGUAGCAUUCUCGUGCUAUCAGACGAUUACGCAAGAAGAUGACUUCUACGGUGCCAGUAUUCCACUGUCACGGGCUAUGAAUCGCGAAAGCUCGAUUCUGCUUGCGCUGAAGAUGAACGACAAGCCUCUUCCACCUAAUCAUGGAGCUCCAGUCCGCGUCGUCACACCAGGUAUCGCUGGAGCGAGGAGCGUAAAGUGGCUUGACUCUAUCUCAGUCCAGCUAAGCGAGAGCCAAAGCCACUACCAGCAACAUGACUACAAGAUUCUACCUCCGGAAGCUGAUUCCAAAGAGAAGGCAGAGGAGUACUGGGACAAAGUUGGCGCGCUGCAUGACAUGCCUGUCAACAGCGUCAUCGGAGUUCCGAAGUCAGGUACCACUGUACAUCAGGACGCAGAUGGGAUGAUUGAAGUCAAGGGCUACGCCCUGCCUAGUGGUGCAGAUGGACCUAUCGUAAAAGUUGAAGUCAGUGUUGACGGAGGAAAGUCAUGGACAGAGGCAGAACUGAUUAAGAACUAUGAGGGUGAAGACGCCAAGGAUGUUGAACUCAAGUGGGCGUGGGCGCUAUGGAAGUUGAAGGUCAAAGUCGAGAAGGGCAAGGAUGUCGCGAUCUACAGUCGCGCAACGGAUAAAAGUGGUAAUAUGCAGGAGAAAUGUCCAAAGUGGAACUUCCGGGGCGUGGCGUACAACGGAUAUGGUGAAGCUUCUGGACUAGAGGUUGCCUGA